GUUCCUUCUCUCCGUCGACUUCCCUCUGCAACUGCAACUGCCGUGCGAGAUAGCGUAGCGUGAGAUAUUGAGAUGGAAGAAGAAAAAACAGAGAUCAUAGAUCUAUACGAGCUUCACUAUUCGGACUUAUGUUCAGCUUCAACUUCAAUGGAAGUGGAUUCCAUAAUGGAAACCCUAGGACCCAAGGGUCCAGGCCUUCUCGUCAUCACCGGAGUCCCCAACGCAUCGAAGCUCCGAUCACACCUUCUCCCACUUGCUCGGAAGCUCGCUCUUCUCGACCGCGAAACCCGUAAUCGCAUUCUCAAGGAGCACAACUUGGGUAGUGACGUUCCUUUGAGAAAUCCAGAUAGAAAAGUGUCCUCAUUUGCUACGCAACUGAAAUAUGCCAAAACUUCCGAAUUGACCAAAACGAGUUCUGAAGAGAGUGUUGAACGAACGAUGAUAGAGUUCAAGAAUCUUGGAAGUACUUUCCAAGAGUUAGGGUUUUGCAUGAUGGAGCUAGGGCUUUGCCUUGCUAGAAUAUGUGAUAAGGCUAUUGGUGGCAAUGAGUUAGAACUUAGUCUAUUGGAAUCAUGUGCUGCAAAGGGGCGUCUUAUACAUUAUCAUUCACCUUCAGAUGCUCUUCUACUUAGACAACUUGAGAGGAGCAGGGCAAGUGGCAAAAAUAAUAUCAAUGUGCAGAAACCAUUACAAUUUGCACAUGAUGAUAGUUCUUGUGGAAUUCAUUCAAAUUUGUGGCAGCAAUGGCAUUAUGAUUAUGGUAUAUUCACUGUUCUAACUGCUCCCUACUUUCUUUUGCCAUCUUGUUCGGAGACAAGAAAAGCAGAAGAUUCAUUUCCUGCAUCAUGUUAUGAUGAAUGUGCAUCACCAACUGGACAUACAUUUUUGCAGAUAUAUGAUCCCAUUAAGAAAAGGGUCCUUAUGGUGAAGGCCCCUCCUGAAAGUUUUAUCAUUCAGGUUGGGGAAUCUGCUGAUAUAAUCUCAAAAGGGAAGCUUUGCUCAACCCUGCAUUCUGUUCACAGACCUUCCGAGUUUGAAAAUUUGAGCAGAGAAACUUUUGUUGUAUUUCUGCAGCCUGCAUGGACUAAAAGAUUCUCUAUCUCAGAUUAUCAUCACGGAAACUCGAUGUUCAAUGGUCAUUGUUUAGGGGAAUCUGAUGAUGAACAACAGUCCGAGCAGGAUGUUAAUAAACUAAGUCACGAAAUUCAGAAAAUAGUUCCUCCACUUUCAUCACGGUUGAAGGAUGGGAUGACAUUUGCCGAGUUCUCACGUGAAACAACAAAGCAGUAUUAUGGUGGUAGGGGUUUGCAAUCAAAUAGAUGAUUGGUUUCUGGUUAGUCCUAUUUCAAUGUAUACCCUUCGUCAAAGCAAUAGAAUUUGAGAAGCUAACCUAACUGAAUAUGCAUUCUGGUACUCUUUUUAGAAUAAUCAUAUAUUUGCUGAGAGAGAGAGUUAGACAAUAGAGGACUGCAUUUAAGUUAAUAUAAUCGUAAUAAAUUCGGGGAGUUGCUCGACAUUGGAAUGCUUAAUAUUUCCCCUUUUGCUUUUUGUCUCCCCCUCCUUCCCCUUUGUUUGUUUUAUACUUCGAUUAAGGUUGAUUCCAGUGGUUACCUGCAUGUGCAAGCGAUCUUCAAAUUUGUUCCUAUAGCCUCUAUAUAGGAAUUAAAAAAAUAAAAAGAAAAAACAGCCGAAAGAGAUGACCUUAUUAUGUAAGUGAAAAUAUGCUUUAUCUUCUAGCUGGUAGCCAAUAAAGAAUGGACGUGGAUUUCAUGCCUGUGCUCUUUCAGCCUUUUCCGCGCUCACAUUUGG